AGAUGGAAGAAGCUAGUUUGUGCCUUGGUGUUUCUUCAGCUGUGCCAGAAGCUGACGCCCAUCUCAACAGCACCAUACUCAAUGGACAGUAUUCAAUGAGCCAGAAGCUGCAUCAGAUCACUUCCCAGCUCAGCCAUGCCUUCCCAGAGCUCCAGAACAGGCAGAAUCCAGAAGAGAAGGCAUCAGCACCACUAGAAGACAAAAGCCACAUGUCCAUAGCAAACCAGCCCAUCAGCAGUCAGAUGGCUCUGUUGGCCAAUCAGCUCAAUAGAGAGGUUGAUACCAGUUUGAAUGGACGUGUGGACCUGCAGCAGUUCUUGAAUGGGCAAAACCUAGGCAUUAUGUCUCAGAUGAGUGAUAUAGAGGAUGAUGCCAGGAAAAACAGAAAGUACCCAUGUCCUCUGUGUGGGAAACGCUUUCGCUUUAACAGCAUUCUGUCACUACACAUGCGAACUCACACUGGAGAGAAACCAUUUAAGUGUCCAUACUGUGACCACAGAGCAGCUCAGAAAGGCAACCUGAAGAUACACCUGCGUACUCACAAGCUUGGAAACCUUGGCAAAGGUCGUGGAAGAGUCCGAGAAGAAAACAGACUUUUACAUGAGCUGGAGGAGAGAGCAAUUCUUCGGGACAAACAGAUGAAGAGCAGCCUCCUGCAGCCACGACCCGAUGUGAAAGCACAGCAGCAUGCCCAGCCAAUGCCUCUCGCAAACUGCAACUUGUCUGUGCCUGCUAAUCACAGCACACCUGAUAUUGCAAACCCUGUUCCCUCUCCAAAGCCAGUCAGUGUCCAGGAAGAAGUUGUCACUCAGACAGCUGGGUUUAGAUGCACGUUCUGCAAAGGCAAGUUUAAGAAGCGAGAAGAGCUGGACAGGCACAUAAGGAUCCUGCACAAGCCUUACAAGUGCACCCUGUGUGACUUCGCUGCCUCGCAGGAAGAGGAGCUGAUCAGCCACGUGGAGAAGGCUCACAUAACUGCAGAGUCAGCCCAGGGCCAGGGCUCCAAUGGGAGUGGGGAGCAGUCCACCAAUGAGUUCCGUUGCGAGGUGUGUGGCCAAGUGUUUAGCCAAGCCUGGUUUCUAAAAGGUCACAUGCGAAAGCACAAGGAUUCCUUUGAACACUGCUGUCAGAUCUGUGGGAGACGAUUCAAAGAGCCUUGGUUUCUUAAAAAUCACAUGAAAGUUCACCUGAAUAAGUUAUCUGUAAAGAACAAAUCUCCUAAUGAUCCUGAAGUACCUGUCUCUAUCAACAGCAUGUCCCAGGAAGCUCACGCAAACCUAUAUUCGAGAUACCUCUCAUGUUUGCAGAGUGGGUUUCUUCCUCCUGACAAAGUGACUUUAAGUGAACAAAAUCAAAUCUAUAACAAAGGAGAUAUGCCCAUAAAGGAGAAAGAAGUGUUGGGGAAGCUUCUUUCACCAAUUUCUGGUAUUGGCCACAGUAUGGCUGAAGGGGAUAAACAUUCUUUAUUGGGCUGUCUCAAUCUGGUGCCUCCUCUGAAAUCCAGCUGUAUAGAAAGGUUACAAGCUGCCGCCAAAGCGGCAGAAAUGGAUCCAGUAAACAGCUAUCAAGCCUGGCAGCUUAUGGCAAGGGGAAUGGCCAUGGAACAUGGCUUUUUGUCUAAAGAGCAGCAGAUACAGCGCAGCCAUGAAGACACUUUGGCAAAUGCUGGAGUUAUGUUUGAUAAGGAGAAGCGGGAGUAUGUGUUAGUAGGAGCAGAUGGCUCUAAGCAGAAAAUGCCUGCUGAUUUGGUUCACAGCACUAAAAUGGGCAAUCAGAGAGACUUGCCAAACAAACUAGACCCUUUAGAAGGCAGUAGAGAUUUUUUGUCACAUGGUAUGAACCAGGGACUCGAUUUCAACUUACAAAGUCAUGGAAAUGUGAAAGAAAAGCCAACUGAAUGCCCAGACUGCGGAAGGGUUUUCAGAACCUACCACCAAGUGGUUGUUCACUCCAGGGUCCACAAAAGAGACAGGAAAGGAGAAGAUGAAAUAAUUCAAGGUGGUCUUGAUGAGCGACGUGGAUCUGGAAGUGACCAGGAGUCUCAGUCUGUCAGCAGGUCAACAACACCAGGGUCCUCUAACAUUACUGAAGAAAGCGGAGUAGGUGGGGGUCUCUCGCAGAUGGGAAGUGCCCAGGAGGACAGCCCACAUCCUUCCUCACCCUCCUCUUCAGACAUUGGAGAAGAAGCUGGGAGAUCUGUAGGAGUCCAGCAGCCAGCUUUACUGAGAGACAGGAGCCUUGGUUCUGCCAUGAAAGACUGCCCAUAUUGUGGAAAAACUUUCAGAACAUCACAUCACUUAAAGGUCCACUUGAGAAUACAUACAGGUGAGAAGCCUUACAAGUGUCCACAUUGUGAUUAUGCUGGCACUCAGUCUGCAUCCCUCAAAUACCACUUGGAACGGCACCAUCGUGAGAGACAGAAUGGAGCAGGACCACUCUCUGGGCAGACUGGAAGUCAAGAACACAAAGAUGAGACACCAAGUAAAAGUUCUGUCUUUAUUAGACCAGAUAUAUUGAGAGGAGCUUUCAAGGGGCUUCCUAGUAUCGAUUUCCGAAGUGGCAUGGUCUCGCAGCAGUGGCCAUCAGGAAUGCUGUCUUCUGGAGAUCAGCAAGGACAAGCAACUGGCAUGUCAUCUGAAGUACCUUCAGAAAAUAUGAAGGGUUCAGACAUAUCUUCCAAAGUACACUUCUCUGAGCUAGGCCGUGCUUACCAGAACAUGGUUGGGAAUGGUGUGAACUUCCAAGGGUCUUUGCAAGCUUUCAUGGACAGCUUUGUCCUAAGUUCUUUGAAGAAAGAAAAAGAAAUGAAGGAUAAAGCUCUCUCAGAUCAACUUUCAGCAAAAGUUCUGGGCUCAGAUGGUGGUGAGGAAAAGAUAAGCAGCAAGUCCUCACAGAGAAAAACAGAAAAGUCACAAUAUGAACCUCUUGACUUAUCCGUAAGGCCAGAUGCAGCCUCCCUCCCUGGUACAUCGGUCACUGUGCAAGACAAUAUUGCCUGGCACGGCUGCUUAUUUUGCUCUUUUACAACUUCAUCUAUGGAAUUAAUGGCUCUGCACCUCCAGGCCAAUCACUUGGGCAAGGCUAAACGUAAAGACAACAUCAUAGGGAACAACAAAGACCAAUCUAGAGAAGCUCCAGCCCCGAUUAAUAAAGUGAGCUUGCUCACUUCUUCUGUGCAGUCCAGCAAGGAAGCUGCAGUUUCAAACAUGCUGAACCAGCUGGACUCAGCUUCUGAGAAAAUGACCCAAGGACAAAAUAAAGAGACACUGGGAGAGCAAAAGAACACUGCCUGGCCCAGCCACAUGGAAUCCACUUUUUGUAAUUUUACAACAACAGACUUCUAUAAGCAGUUUGGUGUUUAUCCUGGUGUUAUUGGCACAGGAGCUCAAAAUUCUUGCACCAGUAAUGAAUCUGAAAUAAAAAAACAAUCCGAAGAUGAUCCAAAUAUUCUGCUCUCUGACUCUGUAAAUAAAAGUGCUACUGAUGACCUUUCUGACAUAGCUUCAUCUGAGGAUAUGGAAUCUUCCAAGGAAGAAAACAUUGAAGAUGAAGACAUUGACCCAGAACCAGAUAUUAUGAAUAAGCAGUUGUCUGCCCUAAAAAAAGAAAGCAGUGAAGGAGGCGAUAACAUACAAAGUGCAGUCACCUCACAACCAACACAAGGGCUCGUAUCACCACUGCCGCAAGCUUCAGAAAAGCAGUGGCACAGUCAGAAUCUUCUAUCCUCCCAUGAAACUGCACAAGGAGUGAUGAAACCUGAGCAAGUUCAGGGUCCACAGGUCCUGGAGAAGCAGAUGAACAUGUUGUCAGUCCUAAGAGCUUACAGCUCUGAUGGCUUAGCAGCCUUUAAUGGACUUGCAAGUAGCACAGCAGCUAGUGGAUGUAUCAAGAGACCUGACUUGUGUGGUCACAGGCCUUUCCAGUGCAGAUACUGCCCAUACAGUGCCUCUCAGAAGGGAAAUCUGAAGACCCAUGUUCUCUGUGUCCAUCGCAUGCCUUUUGACAACAGCCAGUAUCCUGACCGCAGGUUCAAGCGCUCCAGAAUUGACUCCGAAGCUUCUGGGAAUUUGGAGGAGCUUGCAGCUGUCAAGCCGGGGAGCUCAGCAGAGCUAAAGGAGGAGGGCAGCAAGGCCCAGGAGUGA